CCCGACCCAGCCGCUCGCCCCGCGGAGCCCCCCGAGCAGCCGGGCCGGCGGGGCCGAAGAUGCCCGGCGGGGGCUCGGCUCAGGGUCCUGGGGAUGUUUUUCCAUGGGAGAGAGAUCGUGGGAAAUCCUAGUGGAUGAUUCCUGCUCAGUGCUCCAGGGGAAAAUGACUCCAUCUCCGAGACCUUUCCCGUGCGUCCUGGGUCAUGUCCUCUGCCUAAGCGCCUACGCCCUCUUUGAUACCACUGCUUAUUGGCAUCCAGCUAACUAUCCCUUCUUCUCUUGGACCGUGGCCUGGGGGGAGAUUUGAAUAAGAUUUUCCCUCUUUGGAGAGGGAAAAAGAAGACUUUUUAACGUGUCACAAGUGUGACCACCAGAGUCACUCGUCACUCCUGAAAAUCUGCAUCAUCGGGAAUUGGGCCCAUUUCUGCAGCAUUGGGUGGCUGGAGGUUUGCGCUGUGAGCAGAAAGCUACGCUCUGGAUUGACGCUAAGCUGCCCUGGUUAGAGCAGUGCCCAGCGGGCUCCCUGGUGCUGCUUUGGACUCUCUGACCGGUGGCUGAUUGCAUAUGAUAUACUGGUCACCGGUUAAAAACACAGGCUUCAUAACAGCCAGCACUGGCCUUGUGACAGCCGGAAGAGUUUUGGUUACCCAAUGCAUGGGUCUUAGAGCCACCCAGCAAUAAGAUUCCUCUGGGCAAAGAUGUGACGUGGGGCGGACAAUGCACCGGUGUGUGGAGGGCCAGCACUGUGGUGCACAGCCCCAGCUGUGAACUUGGCCUCUGCUGAGUUCAUUUGAUGUUAUGCACUGAUUUACCUGGACAGCAAAGCGAAAUUCAGGUUAAAGACCAAAACAGUCAGGAAACGAAUUCUAUUUGUAUUGCUAGGAGCCUGUUACCCAAGCCCCCAGGCACCAGUGGGUACAUUUACAAGCAUAUCACUUCCUAGGAAGGCGCAAGCUGCUCUCCUCUUCCUUCUGAGGUGGUUAUUUCUGAGAACAGCAGUGCUGGAAGCAGCUAACUAGUGUGUUGGGAGAAGGCUGGCAGAGGGAGACAAGGCUUGCAGCACGCCCUGAGGCUUGGAAGACUCGCUGAGCCCAAUUUCUGUUGGCUGUGCAAGAGUUAUGCAAGGCAAAGCCCCAGUGACGUUUGAGGAUGUCGCAGUCUAUUUCUCGCCAGAGGAGUGGAAGGAGCUAGUGGAAUGGCAGAAAGAACUGUACUGGGACGUGAUGAAGGAGAAUUAUGAGCUUAUCACCUCACUAGGACCCAUUUCCCCCCGAGCCCGUCUGAACCUCACGGCGCUACCCAGAUGCCACGAGAGCGGUGCAGGCAGCUGUGUGUGUAUAGGGACCAUAACUUCUCCUGGCACAAGGACGGGGUGUGCCACGAAAUCGAAAGUAAAUGAUGAGAUUGUGAAUGAAAGUAUGGAGGAGAAGAACCAGGAGGAAGAUGCUGAAAACCUGCUUCCAGUCAAGACCUUUUCAUUAAAACCUGAAGAGAAAGUUUCCCAAAGUUCAGUGAAGGUAAAAAACUGUCUGAGUCAGAGCAAACUCCAGACAAUGCAGAGAAACUCUGCAGGGAACACGCAAGGGAUAGCCACAAACAGCACGGCUCAGCAGAAAGCCCAAGUGACAGAGAGACCAGACGCCCUUCAGGAAUGCAAGCGAAGCUGUGUGGAGAAGACAGAUCUCCUGAUACGACAGAGGAACCACAAGAGAGAGAGGCCAUUUCCCUGCAGCGAGUGUGGGAAAUGCUUCUCUCAGAAAGGGGACCUGAAAAUCCACCUGAGAAUCCACACGGGGGAGCGGCCGUAUACGUGCAGUGAGUGUGGGAAAAGCUUCACCCAGAGGGGAUACCUGAAGAUCCACCUGAGGCUCCACACAGGAGAGAAGCCCUUUCCAUGCACUGAAUGUGGGAAACGGUUCCCAUCGAAGGGGGAUCUCAGAAUGCACCAGAAGAAGCACACGGGGGAGCGGCCCUUUCUGUGCAGUGAAUGUGGGAAGAGCUUCACUCGCAAGGUGGACCUCAAAGUCCACCAGAGGAAGCACACGGGGGAGAGGCCCUUUGCUUGCACUGAGUGUGGGAAGAGUUUUACUUCCAAGGGCUAUCUCAAGAUACACCUGGGACAGCACAAGGGGAAGAGGCCGUUCACAUGUCUGGAGUGCGGGAAAAGCUUCAUUUCCAAGGGCUCCCUCAAGGCACACCAGAGAAUCCACACGGGCGAGACGCCCUUCACGUGCACCGAGUGUGCCAAGAGCUUCACCACCAAAGGCUAUCUCAAGAUACACCAGCGGCUACACACGGGGGAGACCCCGUAUCCCUGCAGCGAGUGCGGGAAGCGCUUCACCACCAAGGGCUAUCUGAAGAUACACCAGAAAAUCCACACGGACGGGACACCCUUCAUCUGCAGUGACUGCGGGAAGAGCUUUGCCACCAUGCGAUAUCUCAAGAUGCACCAGAGGAGCCACACGGGGGAGACCACAUUCUCCUGCAUGGAGUGUGGAGAGAGCUUUGCCCAGAAGGGUUACCUCCGCAUCCACCAGCGGAUGCACACAGGGGAGGGCCUGUUCACCUGCUCUGACUGUGGGAAAAGCUUCACUGCCAAGUACCUGCGGAUCCACCAGCGAAUGCACACAGGGGAGCGGCCCUUCACUUGCACGGAGUGUGGGAAAAGCUUCACCGCAGAGGGGUCUCUGAAAAUCCACCUCAAGAUCCACAGCCGGGUGCUGCUGAGUAUAUGCACCGACUGCGGGAAAAGCUUCUCCUCCAUGCGCUAUCUCAAGGUGCACCAGAAAACCCAUUCCCAACAGCCAGUGACGCUACCCAGCAAACCUGGGGAUGAUUUCCCACAGAAGGCGCUUGCCACUGUCCCUCAGAAAGCCCACAGAGAAAUGAUCUCAUUUACCUGCAGGGACUGCGGGAAAAGCUUCUGCCAGAAGUCUAAUUUAAUAACGCACCAGAAAGCCCACGCGCAGGAGAGACAGGUUCUCUCACACAGGCCCAGCACCGGCCCUGCUGCCACUCCACCGACAUCCGUGAAGUCGCACCCAGUGAAUUUGGCUCAGGAAGUUUUAAGAGCAGGGAAAGAUCAUCUCGACCCAAAUCCCUAUUCCCUGGUCAUGGAUUUAAAGCCCAGCUUUCAGUUUGCUCUGCAGACCUGUCCACUUUCCCCAGGAGUAAAUCUAGGUGUCUCCUGAGCUCACGUGGCAUCCCGCUCCUGCUGACAAUGUAUCCCGUGUGGUUAUUGUUACCUUUUGCAUGAUGUAGCUCUGCCCAGGUUCCUCCAUUUACUCCCAAUUCCUAACCCUCCCCUAUUGCACCCUUCUAAGGUAGCUGGAUGGUACCCGGUCCUGCAGUGCCCCAGGUGGGGACUCACAAGAGCCUUACAUGCUACCACAUCCUUUGGUUUUCCUCCUCUUCUAUCCAUGCAGCAUAGCAUCUGGUCUGGGUUUUUUGUUGCAGCUUCGCAUUGAGGGGGUGAUUUCAAUGAUUUUAUCACAAUAAAUCCCACUCGCGUGCUGGGCAUCUAGGGAUACUGAGCAUAGAUCCCCUCGCUUGCUUGCUCACACACUAAUUUCAUUGCACUGCAUUUCCGAUCAGUCAGUACAGUCACCUACAAGAUCCAAAUCCUUUACCACCCAGUGCCCAGAUCCAUAUCAUCUCCUCUGACUCUUUAGCAUCACGUACAAACCCUGAGCUCUGGGGCUGUGUUCAUCCCAUGUGUAACUUCCUCGGAGGUACACCGGGGUGAAUUGGGACUUUUCCUUUUCAGAAGCCUCCAUAGGAUGGCAAAGGCCGCAGAAUCGACCCCGAGCUGCGCCACUCAUCAUCCAGUCUGUUGCUCCCCGUUGAUUCCUGUUCUGGGAGUGCCAAGUGUUAAAGUUCACUGAAAACCCACGUUAAUGUAACAGAUGAGCAAACCGCAGAGGCCAGGAACCAUCGACUUGUGCUCAGUGGAGAAAGGGCAGAACUUGGCAGCAAGCCCAGGCCAGAAAGAACAAAGGUUGGUUCUGGUCGUGGUGGAAGAGCGGCGUGUGAGAAGAUUCACCUUCAAGGCCAAGGGAGAAAUUGCACACGCAGCCGUCAGAUAUAUGGGGAGGGAGAAAAGCCAAAGUCACUGAAAUGGCACUGGGGAGCCCGUGACAUUCAUCCAGUUAGGUCCCCCUUUAUUCUACAGCAGGGAACUUGUAAGGGACCAAAGAGAGGUGGUAAACAGCAGAAGAGCUGCUGGCAAGGGGUCCAGGCUAAGUCCCUGGAGAAGGUGGAAGAGACUACAAGGAUCAUAAUAAUUACAGCUGGAAAAGAGAUGUGAGCUCAUCAAAGUGUACAUGUGCCUGAGACCUGCCCCAGCCAGCUUCCUUCAUUCCUGCAUCUGUGUUUUAGGAGGCUCUGCUUCCCCGAACACUGGGCUGGACGCGUUCCUUGGGGACACUGGGCGACUGGCUGAGAAGGAGGCGUUCUGCCCCUUUCUCAGGUUUAUUCCCACAGCAGCAGACGUUGUGCCAGGCUCCCCUGGAAAUUUGCAGUUAACAACUCUGGGCCUUAUCCCUAUGGGACAGGUCAAGCGAUAGCAUCUUGUAGGGCCCUGUAGUGAUACAGCGUCUGGGGAUGGGGCUGGCUUUCACUCCUCCUCACAGCCAGGCCUCUCCUUUGUCAGCUCCGCAUGGCAUGUCCUGGGGCCUGAAGCUGGUGUUCAGAAGGUUGGGUGUUCUGGCUGGUGGUCAGUGUCUCUGUUCCCGAUAUGGAAAUUCUCUUUGACACGAAGCUUGUGACUUCUCACACUUCCCGGCGAAUACCUCCCAGGAGUUUUUAACCCCUGUCCCACAGGUUCCAGGGCUUGGAGAGUAGGUUCUCUCUACUUCACCGCUGCACAAGAAUCGUUCGGAGUGUCCUUGAUAUCUCCCAGUUGUCCUGCACACACCUAGGGAGCUGCCUUUGCUUAGAGCGUCUAUGGAUGUUUAUGGCUUAAGACAGCUCACGUGCUCAGGUGAUCUUGGCAGGGCUGGGAGCGGGGAACUCCAGGGUUCUAACGGGCUCGGCUCCUGAUUCCUUGCGUAGCCUUGAGUCACUCCCCUCCCUGUGCUCUGGUUUCCCUUUUGUAAAAGACAGGUGGGGCCAGCUCUCCGGCCACAACAUGGAGCUAGUUUCUCGGGAUCACAGCCCUGCAUGCUGAGCGUCAGUCUGAGGGGAUGCAGAGAUGAUCUCACUGGGGAAAAUGGGUCACUCAUGGUCCCCCGACCUCGAGGAUUCAAGGCGUGACGUGUACUGGCUCCAAGGACUGGAAGCCAGCACUUUCACCUCUGACACUGGCUCAGUAUGUGACCAUGGAAAUGUCACAUUACCUACUCUGUGCCUCAGUUUCCCUGUCUGGAACUAGGGUUGUGAGGACUAAUGUUGGUAUUUUGCUUUGAGAUGCACUGCUGAACGGCACUAGAGACAGGGUGAAUAUUAUCCUUACUAAGUAAUCUCUGCGGGAGAGGUUUGUUUCACUGCUCUCAGCUCCUAUGGGAACUUUCUACAUGUGUUUUCCUAAUGUGCCAGUUACCAAGGGAUCUGGGCACUAAACCCACAAAUUAAUAAAACAUUAGGAGCCUCCUGCCUUCCCCUCAAUUGAACUAGUAACACAACAGGUGGCAGAAUGAGUUCCUUGGAGCGGCUGGGACUUGCUGGAAAGGAAAUACGGCCAGUCUCUCUUCCUCCUCCUUGGUAGCUUGGGGAGUCGGACACCCCAGGACUGGGAACAGAUUCACCUGACACCCUGCCUGGUUCCAUAGAUUUGCACUGAGCUGCUCUGCAAUAAGAGAUAAGGGGUAGGAAUAGCAGGCAGGGGGAGAACGACACCAUGAGUCAGAUACUCAGCUGCAGUGAAUCGGUGUAGGGCUCCUGAAUACAAUGGCGCUGUGCCAGUUCCCACCGAGAAUCCAGCCCCACGCUUCUGAACUCAGGAGAGCCUCACAUGGAGUCCUGUGACGGACACCCUGCCUCCCCUACCAGCCCUGGCUUGAGUGUACACUGCCACUAAUGUAUGGCGGAAGGGCCAAGGCAAAUAAGACUCUGCUACCCCAUUGACUGCAGUUAGGUUGGACAGAUGUAACCGGCCAACAUGUGGUUGGCUCUGUGCACAUAAAUACCAUUGAUCAGCUAGACAGGGCAAGCCUGGACUCCGAAAACCAGUCUAGGAACCUGCUGCAUAUUUCCAUGCACGUUGGAUGAGGCUGGGAGCAGGGAGGACGGCAUAGGACAAAAAGGGGGGUUAAUGGAUUACAGAUUGUUGUAAUAAGCCCUAACUGAGUCAUCCUUCUCAAAGGAAACCUGCACAACGCUCUCAAAAGAUGAGCCUGGGAGUUUAAAUCUCUAACUCUGCUAUGAGCUGAACAGAGACACUGGAGCUGUGGCUUAUUACAACCAUCUGUAACCCACUAACCCCUGCUUUUUGUCCUGUGACCGUGCUUAUGCUGAACAAUCCGUCCCAGCUAGCAUUUAGCUGUGACGCUCCCAGUACGGGGCCCAGAGCUGCAGAAGAGCUCUGGGCAGGUCUACACUUCAAACACUGCAUCCGUGCUGCUGCGGAAGACCUCCCCAAGAGGCAGGAGAAACUCUCAUGCUGACAUAGUGCUGUCUACAUGGGGGCGUUAGGUAUGGAGUUUUCACACCCCAAGUGACAUGAUUAUACUGAUAUAGGUCUGCAGUAUAGACCAGACCUCUGUGCAGCUUGAAAGCUUGUCUCUCACCAGCAGAAGUUGGUCCAGUACCAGAUAUACUUCCCCACCUACACUAGAGGGUGAAAUUCACCCUGUGCAGAGCACCAGCACAAGGCCUGUGUCCCACAUCAGCUUCUAUGCUGCUCUCUGCCCAGGAGGGGAAUUUCACCUUUUUAUGUAUAUAUUUCUUAUUAUUGAAGACAUACCUAUCUCCUAGAACUGGAAGGGACCUCAAAAGGUCAUCAA